GCAGAAACCUUUUUAGUCUACGGCAAGUUAUGUCCGUGUGUAUGUCAUGAUCCCUUUGCAGCUCUUUGUGCGCAGGUUAUGUCGGCCUUGCCACCGCUUCAUCGGCAUACCGGCCUCCUCGUCUGCAAGUCUCGUCAAGUCCCGUUCAUUGCUGAUGUCAUAACCCAGAGAAAACGAGGGGCCAGAUACGAGUACUGGCGACACUGGGCAGCGUGCAAGAUCCUGGACGGCGGCAGGGCCACAGGGCAGCGUACGAAUCCUGGUGCUCAUGACCCUAUGCCAUCACGCAUCUUAUGGCAAAUUUCAUGCCCUAUUUCUCGAGCCGACGAGGCCAGGUGGGCCUCCGGCUCCGCUCGACGCAUAUAAGUCGGAUAUGCUGGGACUGUCGCUGCACCACCCACGAAGAGGGAUCUCUCUCGAUAGCUUGGCACUUACACUUGACCGCCUUCUGAAAUCAUGGCGUGUCCCGCAGGCUUGAAACUUAUGCUUUACUUUGGUGCUCUCGGCGGUGCAUACGCCGCUAGGCUCAUGAAGCUGCCUGUCCGCGCGUCGUUAGCAAAUCCUACAGUACCUCUGUGCAACAAGGUCACCAAGUUGACUACAUUCGGCAACGUGCUCGUCGACACGGGAAGCUCGUCGCUGUGGGUUGGCGCGUCGAGCCCGUAUAUCCCGGGUCCGAACUCGAAAGCCACCGGUGAGACCUAUAGUGUUGGUUACGACGAGGGCGGUGCGACCGGCCUGGUGUACCUGGACACUGUGACCAUCGGCUCUGCGACGGUGACGAAUCAGUACAUCGGCGCUGCGAACCAGACGUCGCUCCCUGUCGACCUCGAUCCUCUGGACGGCUUCAUCGGCCUGUCGUUCAACGGCUCGAAUGCACACACGAUCAGCGGCAUCAGCGAACCUACGAACACGUUUCUGGACAGUCUUGUCGAGGAGGGUGUCGUCGGGCAGGCGCUAUGGAGCAUGAUCGUCCCCGCGCUCGAUGUUGCGGCCGGACAGCAGGUGGGCGGGGGCGAAAUCCUGUUUGGUGGGUACGACGCGAGCAAGGUAGAGGGCGAGAUUAUCUGGCUGGACGUCACCAAUGAGUUUGGUCUAUGGAUAUGA